UUUUGCACUAAGCAACCACAAACUCAUUAUCCAAAAGAAACCAUGAAAGCUCUAAACACAACCACAUUAACCAUGCAAGCUCUCUGUUUUUUCAUAGUACUCAUUGUUACAAUGCAUGGAAUACAUGCAGUUGAUUACAACGUAACUAUAUCCGUCAAGUCAAGCUCUACACCUGGUGGUGCACGUUUCCGCGAUCAAAUAGGAGUAGAAUAUGCGAGACAAAAACUAGACUCCGCCACACAAUUCAUAUGGGGAUUGUUCCAACAGACCAACAACCCUGCCGACAGAAGAAACGUGCAGAAGGUGAGUUUAAUUGUGGUUGUGGAAACUGCGGGUGAUGUGCCUGCAAAUACAAAUGUAAACGACAAUAUAAUUCACUUAAGUGCAAAAUAUGUUAAUAGCUAUACUGGUGAUUUGAAAAAUGAAAUUACAGGUAUAUUGUAUCAUGAAACAACACACGUUUGGCAGUGGUUUGGGAAUAAUCAAGCUCCAGUUGGAUUAACUGAAGGUAUAGCUGAUUAUGUGAGAUUGAAAGCAAACUAUAUACCUGGUCAUUGGGUGAAACCAGGGCAAGGAGAUAAAUGGGAUCAUGGUUAUGAUGUUACUGCUCGUUUUUUGGAAUAUUGUGAUAGUUUAAGAAAUGGGUUUGUGGCAGAUUUGAAUAAGAAGUUGAGGAAUGGUUAUAAUGAUCAAUACUUUGUUGAGCUGUUGGGUAAGACGCCUGGUCAGUUGUUUACGGAAUAUAAGGCAAAGUAUGGCAAUAUAGCCUAAUUAAUCAAGGGGUUAAAUAAAUAAAUAAAUUACUAUAUAGUUCUAUAUUAAUGUGAGAGAAUAAACGACAUAUAUAUGUCGAUUAGUCUUUGUAAGUUUGUAUGAAAUUCUAAAUAAAUGUUAGCAUGCAGUUACAACUUAUCAGCUAAUUUAUGAUCUAUAAAAUAAAAGCUACGGGUUAUGUAAAAUGGUAUUUAACCAAAAGUAAACAAUAGUUGAAAUUUUACAA